AUGGCUGGUGUCAACCAGGACUUAGACCCUGGAAAGAAACCUCCUGGAAAAAAAGCCAGAGCUGAGCUGAUUUAUGCAGGGCAAGGACAUCUGCCUUCAACGUCUAGGGUUAAGGAGAGACCAGUGAUCCUGAACUCCAGGCCAUCAAUCACUCAGAGCCCUUUGCUCUACAGGGUGUCAGCAGCUCUGAGGGAUGCUCCAUCGUGCAAUUCACACUACAGUAACCAGUUGCAACAACAGCAGGAUGCAGCAAAUGCAAAGAAGAGUCUGGAAAACUAUAGUCUCUUCAGAGAUCGUCAUAAGAACCAGCCUUCGCGUUACGCUGGAGAGCACACAACAGGACGGGGCAGAGGCAAGCUCCGUACUGAUCACAGGAGAGAUCUGCUUGUAGCCACCUGUCUUUCUCAGCGCUCAAGCUACCAGGCUAGUGCGUUGGAGGGCGGCGCAGCGCUGCUUCUGGCCGUGGUUACAAGCCCUCUCAGGAAAGCCUUCCCGGAGAGGACUCCAGGCCGUGCAAUGCCAGGUUGCGUGCCCGCUGCCUCUGCAGCCCCUGCUGAGGUGCCCCAGUGGGCCUUGGCCAGCUGCCGUGGUCUGGAGCGUGUCCGUGGUCUGGAGCGUGUCCGACCCGGGCUGCGCCCAGGUGGACGGAGCAGGGGGGGGCGCGGCGGGGGAGGGACAGCAGCACCUGCCGGGCCUUGCCCAGCGAUGGGGCCGCCCAGCCCCCGUCCUCCCUCCUUCCCGCCCCCCCCGCCCCGGCCACCCUCGCCCGCCCUAGUGCUCAUGCGCCCCGGGAGAGGUUUAAAGCGGGCACGGCGGCUGCCGCCGGACGUGCAGCUCCGCGGAGGUGCUGGGGCAGUGCGGUGGGGCGGCCCGGCCCGGCGGACACACUGCGUGGUGCUGCACGGCUCGGCUCGGCUCGGCUCGGUUCUCCUCGCCGCCGCCGCUGCUGCUCUCGGCUCCCCCGGGGUGCGGGCGCGCCCCGCCGCCAUGUGGCUCGCGCCCUUUCUCCUCGGCGCCUUCCUGCUCGGCAGCCCCGUCCGCGGGAGCGACGGCUCGGUUUCCACUGCUAUCACAUGCUUUACAAGAGGACUUGACCUUCGAAAGGAGACAGAAGAUGUCCUUUGCCCAGCAAACUGUCCUUUAUGGCAAUUUUAUGUCUUUGGGGAUGGAGUUUAUGCUUCUCUUUCUAGUAUCUGUGGAGCUGCCAUACACAGGGGGGUGAUCACCAAUGCAGGAGGAGCUGUAAGGGUACAGACUCUCCCAGGACAGGAAAACUACCCUGCUGUAAAUGCCAAUGGGAUCCAGUCUCAGGUGCUCUCUAGAUGGGCUUCGUCUUUCUCAGUGACUCGUACCAAGAACACAGCGCUUGAAGCAGUUGGGCGAUCAGUAUCAACAGCACGUCCUUCUACAGGUAAAAGGCCUAAGAAGCCACUUGAUAAAAAGGCUGGAAACAAAGACUGUAAAGCUGAUAUUGCAUUUCUCAUUGAUGGAAGUUACAACAUUGGCCAACGUAGAUUUAAUUUGCAGAAAAACUUUGUUGGAAAAGUAGCUGUGAUGUUGGGAAUUGGAACAGAAGGACCUCACGUUGGAGUUGUACAAGCCAGUGAACAUCCAAAAAUUGAAUUCUAUCUGAAAAACUUCACUGCUGCGAAAGAAGUUUUGUUUGCCAUAAAGGAACUAGGGUUCAGAGGAGGCAAUUCUAAUACAGGGAAAGCUUUGAAGCACACAGCUCAGAAAUUCUUCUCUUUAGAAAAUGGGGCACGCAAAGGAAUUCCCAAGAUCAUUGUGGUGUUCCUAGAUGGCUGGCCCUCAGAUGAUAUAGAAGAAGCUGGCAUAGUGGCCAGAGAAUUUGGAGUCAAUGUAUUCAUUGUAUCUGUAGCGAAACCCACAACGGAGGAGCUGGGAAUGGUACAAGACAUCGGAUUUGUUGACAAAGCUGUCUGUCGAAACAACGGCUUCUUCUCUUACCAAAUGCCCACCUGGUUCGGUACUACCAAAUACGUGAAACCUCUUGUCCAAAAAUUGUGUUCGCAUGAGCAGAUGUUGUGUAGCAAGACAUGCUACAACUCUGUGAACAUCGGUUUCUUGAUAGAUGGUUCCAGCAGCGUUGGAGACAGCAACUUCCGCCUUGUGCUUGAAUUCAUCAGCAAUGUUGCAAAGGCUUUUGAGAUCUCUGACAUUGGUUCCAAGAUUGCAGCUGUGCAGUUCACAUACGAUCAGCGUACCGAGUUCAGCUUCACAGACUACACCACAAAAGAAAAGGUCCUCUCAGCUAUUCGGAACAUUCACUACAUGAGUGGUGGCACUGCUACUGGUGAUGCCAUCUCUUUCACAACCAGAAAUGUGUUUGGGCCAAUGAAAGAUGGACCUAACAAAAAUUUCCUAGUUGUUUUGACUGAUGGUCAGUCUUACGAUGAUGUUAGAGGACCUGCUGCUGCUGCACAAAAAGCAGGAAUAACCAUCUUCUCUGUGGGUGUUGCCUGGGCACCUCUGGAUGAUCUGAAAGACAUGGCUUCUGAACCAAGAGAAUCUCAUACUUUCUUCACAAGGGAGUUCACAGGAUUGGAGCAGAUGGUUCCUGAUAUUAUUAGAGGCAUCUGUAAAGAUUUUUUGGACUCUAAACAAUAA